AUAGCCUCUCUCUCGAUACUAAUAACUAUGAUCACAACCAUCUUCUUCGCCGCCUGGUUUCUCGUAAGCCACGCCGACGAUCGAAGAGGCCGGCUGUGCGUUCCUGCCGGGCAAAGCGGCUAUCUCAACUACGCAUGGAACGAAACGAGGCUCCCGACGUCGAACGUGCAGGCCGGAGUGCUGAUCUACCUCCAGGACAAGCUGCGCGGCCAGAUGAAACACGGUUACAUGGAUGUGUGCGCAAUGGGGACAUUCGACGACAGCGGCAGCGGCGGCCGGGGUGACGCCCAAGUGGGAACGGAGAUCUUCGUCUUCGCGGCUUGCAGGAGCGACCUCGGAGCUGAAGGGUGCCAGAACUGCGUCGGGAACGCCACCGUCAUCAUACGUGCGAGCUGUCCCGACGCGGUCGGGGCUCAGGGCGCGUCGGCGGAUUGUUGUCUUCGAUCUCGGAGCAUCAAUUUGCUAGACAAGUACCAAUGACGUGCAGUAGUGAAGGUCUUCGUCAAAAGAUCAGCAACC